AUGGCAGCGAAGAGUGAAGCACCGGAUUCUUUGUGCUGCUCUAUAUGCCUGGAGGUGUUGAAGAAACCCGUGACUCUUCACUGUGGCCACAGCUACUGUAUGGACUGUGUAAAUUGCUACUGGGACCAGAAGGAUCCAAAGGGUGUUUGCAGCUGUCCUCAAUGCAGACACACUUUCAGCUCCAGACCUGUACUAAACAAGAACACAGUGCUGGUUGAUUUGAUUGAGAAAAUGGCUGACUCAGAGCGAGCCGCUCCUUUAGGUGAAAAGAAAGCCGGUCCAAGCGAAGUGGAGUGUGAUUUCUGCACUGCGAAGAAACUGAAAGCUGUCAAGACCUGCUUGGUGUGCCUGGCUUCUUACUGUGCCACACAUGUGCAGCCUCACUACCAGUCUGCAGCUUUCCAAAGGCACAAGCUGGUGGAGGUGUCAACCUCCAUUCAGGAGAAGAUCUGCUCUAAGCAUGACAAGCUGCUCGAAGUGUACUGUCGCACUGAUGAUGAGUGCAUUUGCUUACUUUGUGUCAUGGAUGAGCACAAAGGUCAUGACACUGUCUCAGCGGCGGCAGGAAGGAAAGACAAACAAAAGCUAUUUGGAGAGAAGAAACAAAGAUACCAGCAAGCAACUGGAGAAAAGGAGAAGCAGUUACGACAGCUGAAAGAGAGAAGAAAAGCAUUUGAGGUUUCCAGAGAUGCAGCGCUUGAUCAAAAUGAGAAGAUUUAUAAUGAAAUUAUCGCGAUGGCAAACAAAAGACGUUCGGCUGUGAAGGAGUUAAUCAUACAUCAGGAAAAGGCCGCCACUGGUCAAAUGGACACACUCACUGAUCGCCUUCAGAAGGAGAUUGGAAGUCUGAAGAGGAGAGAGGAUGAACUGAGGAAGCUGUCUUCAACCGGGGAUAACAUUUAUUUUCUGCAGCAAAGCAAGUCUGUUUUGGACAGUGCAGAACCCGAGCCGAGCCUCAGCUUCAAUCUUCAACUAGAGAAACCCUUUGACUUUGUUACGAAGGCUAUAUCAAACUUUAAAGAGAAAACUGAUUCUUUGGCUUCCACUUUAAAGGAGAUAUCAGAGACCUUUGAAACUGUUGCAGAGCCAAAGACAAGACAGGAAUUGUGGAUGUAUUCCUGUAGCUUGAGUUUGGAUCCCAACACAGCUUUUGAGAACCUGUUGGUCUCUGAGGGAAACACCAAGGUUACUUGGACCAAGAAAGCCCAGAAGUACCAGUACCACCCGGAGAGGUUUACCAAAUAUGAUCAAGUGUUGUGCUCAGAAGGUUUGUCUGGUGUUUGCUACUGGGAAGUUGAGUGGAAGGGGCCAAGAAUCGAGAUUGCUGUGUGCUAUAAAGGACCAAACAUGGAUGAAAGCUGCUUUGGAUUCAAUGACAAGUCCUGGAGUGUUUCUCUCUCCAAUUCUGGAUGCAUGUUUUGGCACAACGAAAACAAAAUCAAAAUCCAGAACCGCUGCUUUGGUACAGUUGGAGUGUAUCUAAACCACAAAGCUGGCAUCCUAUCUUUUUACAGUGUUUCUAGCUCUGGAGAACUGAUGCUCCUCCAUGAAGUUCACACCGCUUUCUCUCAGCCUCUGUACCCUGGUUUUAUGGUUUCCAGGGGAUCAUCAAUAAAGAUAGUAAAGCAGCAGUAAAAAAAAGAAAAAAUGAAAAGGAGAAUGGAACUGCAGCUUGUUUAAAUAAAGUCCAAUUUGUUUUCAACCCAGAAAACAUACAGCAAAAAUAAGCAUAUGAUAUUUAGCCAUUGACUGAAAUAAACUGAAAUGAUGUACAUUUUUGUCAAGUUAUUAAAUGGGGGCAUUCAAAGAUGGAUGGAUGUAAAAAUUAA